AUGCAAGCACGUUCUCCCGGCGGUGGCAGCCACCCUCGUAAGCUCUCCCUCUGGAAUGGCUUCGUCAGCGUCGAGAUGCAGAAGUUCAAUGCUGACCGCAAUAGGGGCGAUCGCAAUCGCGUCUCCUCCCAGUUCAUCAAGGAGCUCUCAGCGCGAUGGCAGGCGAUGUCCCCGGAGGAGCAGGAGGAUGCGGGUGCCGGCGCCCUACAGGCGUUGGAGGAGCGUCGUGUGAACCGCGACGAGGGCAUCCACAACGUCGCGCUCCACUCCUUGCACGACGUUCGCACCACUACCUCGAAGAUUCGUCGCGACAUCGAAAACCUGAACAAACGCACCGGCACCGAAAUCAUCAUCCUCGGCAUGCGGACGGACCCCAACUCCAUCGCCCCCCCGUUCGUGUUCUACACCAACGAACGUAUCCGCGAAUACAUCGAGCUCGUCACCAAUUCGUCCAUGCAAGACUUCACCAUGCGGCUGGAAGGGUACUGCAUUUCCGGGGUGGACAGUCUCAAGAAGAACCGCGUCGAGGAAUUCCUGACCCUGAAGCACAAAGUGUCGACUCUCAUAUUGCAGAAGCUCCAGGCGGCGUGCACCCGCGCGAACGUCACGAAGAUGUUCUACGUGAACUUUCAUCAGCACAUCACUCUGCGGUUCGGAGUAGUGCUUGAACGUUGGCCCCUGACGACGUUCAAGGCCCCCGGUUCCAUGUCUUCUCGCCAAGAACUACUCAUCAUCCUGCACGCCUUCGAGAACGACGUCGCCACCUUUCGUCAGCUGACGAACCCGGAGUGGGAGGGGUGG